GCCGUCAUUGACCUCCUUCUGGCUGUGGUUAUGGCCGCAAUAAAAAGCUCUUUAAAAUCCAGCCGCAUCAAACUGAGGACAAUCCAGACCUAAAGAAAAUCCGAUGCCAAUCACUGCGUCUCUUUCUGCCUGAUUGAGCAAAGGUUAACUUUCUGUCUAAUGAAUCACGGAAAUGCACAGAGAAAAAGACCAGCUAAAUGGUCUAUUAAUAAUCUGCCCAUUGGUGUCGAAUUCUGGAAGAUUUUCAAGACCGUUUCAUCAAACAAGGGAAGGCCAUAAAUUUUUCCAGAUUGGCCAAUAAGACGUCAGAGGUGGCUGAAGCCAUAUCAGAAAGUAGAAGGGGACUUUGCCUCAGGACCAGAGCUAACUGCACACUCUCGAGCACUUGGACCACAUUUCAAAUGCGCCUCAUGCAUCAGGAAAACACAAAAUUCUGAACGGCAGUCAGCAUGAGCAUUGGAAGAUGCAACGAUGUGGUGGUGGACACCUCCUUCAGCACAGAUCACGACGAGGGCCGGCGGCUUCGCUUCAUGCACAAGGACGGCAGGUUUCCCGUGGUCUUCCAUAAGAUCCCCAGGGAAUGGAGUCCAUACCUGUUGGACAUCUUCACCACUCUGGUGGAGGUACGCUGGAGGGUAAUGCUCCUGGUCUUUUCGCUGUCCUACAUCGUCUCUUGGCUCUUCUUCGGGCUUUGCUACUGGCUCAUCGCGUACGUACACGGAGACCGAGCCGGAGAUACGGACGAUCCCUGCGUGCUCAACGUACACGACUUCACCUCAGCGUUUCUCUUCUCCAUGGAGACUCAGGCGACCAUCGGGUACGGCUAUAGGGGCAUGACGGAGAACUGUGUAUCCGCUAUGGUUGUGGUGACCAUUCAGGAUGUCUUUAGCUGCCUCCUGGACACCAUCGUUAUUGGUAUAAUCAUCACUAAAAUGGCGUCAGCACGAAAGAGAGCUCAAACGGUUGGCUUCAGCAGAUUCGCCGUGGUCAACCGUAGGGACGGCGUUCUGUGUCUGUCGUGGCGGCUCGGAGACUUCCGAGGUAAUCACAUACUAGAGGGCGCCGCUCGGGCGCAGCUCGUCCGUUACUCAAAACAAUCCCGAGGUUCCGUGGUGAUCUCUUACCAAGAUGUGGACAUUCAAAACCGGGAUCUCGUACUAGCCACGCCCGCCACGGUCAUACACAAACUAGAACCGGGCAGCCCGCUCUAUAACAUUGGUCCUCAACAGCUUCUGGAGGAGGACUUUGAGCUUGUGGUGUCCUUCACUUACACCGACGACUCCACGGGCAUGCUUCACCAGACGCGCACCUCCUACACGCCCGCCGAUAUCCGCUGGGCACAACGCUUCCGGGAAGUUCUCAAAGUGGGCAAAAAGCACUACAAGGCGGACUAUGCUCUUUUUAAUGAAAUCACGUGGGUGGCCACCCCCAUGUUGAGUGCCGAGCAGUAUGAAAGCGGAUGGAGGAGGCCUGUUCUUUUGGACUCAGGCCUUCACAAGAGAGGCCGCCGCCGUGCAGAGGAGGACUUGCAGCAAACACAUUUGUAAUAAAAUGAAGCUUUACAAAAAUCAUGUAAAUAUAUUUAUUUCCUUACAGUUAGGUCUAUUUUUAUGUGCAGAACGUUCCAAAUAAAUUGUUCAAACAUAAAUCUUCAUUUUCUUUCCCAUUUCUAUGGAUACUACUGCUGACAUAAUUUUGAGCGCAUGUAAAUGAAAACAAUUUAGAAGCUUAAACAAUGCCAUCUAGUGGUCACAUUGAGCACUUUUAUAUGUUGAGGUACAAUUCAUGUACAGAAUUUUU